CAAAUAUUUCGAUUUUUGUUACAUGUAUAUGUAGACGUUGAUACACAGUCUUGUGUCGUUUUCAUUUGCAGUAUCAUACUAGAAAGACAGUAAAGGUUUGAAAUUUUGAAAACCAGCGAUGAUUUUCGUUCCAAUCAUUUUGUUGAUGGUUAUAUGCAAGGAUGUAACAUCCAUUCCUUGUCUUUCUAACGAAUCGAAGAAGGAUUUUGAUGACUCUAGAAUUGCCCUUAAAGACAUGGAAAAUAACCUUGGAAACACUGUCAAGAAACUAGAAAAUAGUUUCAAGAAAAUAACAGCUUCAAUACAGGACCAGCUUGGGGUAGUUAAAGAUGUUCUAUCAAAUGUCGGGGAAAAGGUCAAGAAAGUUGAUAGCGACUUCCAGGUUCUAGGAAAAGAUUUUAAGAAGACUAAAUGGCACAAAUAUAAUGGACACUGUUACUAUUACGGUCUUGACACACAAAACUGGUUCACUGCUGAGAGAAAAUGCAGGGAUAUUGGUGGAUACAUUGUUAAGAUUGGUGACGAAAAGGAGAAUACACAAAUGUUUGCAAACAAACCAAGUACAAGAAACCAUUACUGGAUAGGACUCACAGAUUUGAAUGAAGGAGAAUAUCGUUGGACUUUUGAUCAAACCAAAGCUACUUAUCUACCUUGGCUUAGUGGUUAUGGUAAAACGAACAAUGGUUACAACUGUGGUGCCAUUCUUAAUAGUCAUAAUGGACAAUGGUUUGACCAACCGUGCAACAAUAAAAUGAAUUUGAUUUUAUUCCGAAAACUUAAAAUGAUUGUCGCAUUGCUUAUUUUAUUGAUGCUAAUAUCCAACGAUGUAACUUCCCUGUCCUGUGUUUCUAAUGAAGUCAAGAAAGACUUCGAUGACUCUAGAACUUCCCUUAAAGAAAUGGAAGAUCAUCUAAGGAACACUACCAAGAAGUUAGAAGAAAGUUUCAUGAAAAUAACAGCUUCAUUACAGGACCAGCUUGGUGUAGUCAAAGACGCUCUUAGGGAUGUUGGAGAAAAGAUCAAGAACGUUGACGACGAUUUCCAGCUUCUAGGAAAAGAUUUGGAGAAAAACACGUGGCACAAAUACAUUGGACACUGUUACUACUACAGCUCUGAAACACAAAACUGGUUUAAUGCUGAGAGAAAAUGUCGGGAACUAGGUGGCUACAUUAUCAAAAUUGGUAACAGCAAAGAAAAUGAACAUAUAUAUGCAAGCAGACCAAAAAACGUUCAAUACUGGAUAGGAUUGACAGAUUUGAUUGAAGGAGAAUUCCGAUGGAAUUUUGAUCAAAGUAAAGCUUCUUUUCUAGCAUGGGUUAGUGGACAUGGCAAACUAGGCACUACUCACAACUGUGUUGCUAUGCAUAAUAAUGGAAAAGCAGAAUGGUUUGAUAUUUCAUGCAACAGAAAAUAUAGCUAUAUAUGCGAGAGUAAUUUCUGUUUGAAAAUUCAAAAACAAGACAUGAUAUUUGUUCGAAUCAUUUUGUUGAUUGUUAUGUGGAAGCAUGUCACGUCUUGGUCCUGUCUUUCUAACGAAUCAAAGAAAGAUUUCGAUGACUCUAGAAUUGCUCUUAAAGACAUGGAAACCCAUCUUUGGAACACAGUCAAGAAAUUAGAAAAUGGAUUCAAGAAAAUAACAGCUUCAAUACAGGACCAGCUUGGGGUAGUUAAAGAUGCUCUAUUAAAUGUCGGAGAAAAGGUCAAGAAAGUUGAUAGUGACUUCCAGGUUCUAGGGAAAGAUUCAGAGUAA